AUGUUGUCGCGCGCAGCAAAUCGCGCCUUCCGAGGGUUGCGCACCGCACCUGCCCUACCUGUUCGACGCAUAGCUCCCAUAGCUUCCACACCACAGCGCAUACGCUUCUAUGCGACCAAGCCCCCUCAGAAUGACACAUUCAAAUCAAAAAAGGCAACGAACGACCCCAUGCAUCCCAACGAGCAGCCCGAAUUUGAUACCGCCGCAUCACCAGAGCAGAAUACAACCCCAUCAGGGCAGCCUGGAGAGCCUGCAGAAGAAACCCCACAACAACCGCAGAAGCCUCUGCCUGACCUGCGGCAUGGUAUCCCUUCUACAUUCGGCGCAGAGUUCGGAGGCGCCGAGGCAAAGUCGCAGAAGGGUGAACAUGACCCCAACAAUAUCACCGAGGACCCUGAAAAGGAACCCGGUCCUGGUCGCGAGGGUGGAGAGCUGCCCAAAUCUGCAUACGAGACGAGUACCGAUAGGAGGCGCAACAAGGUCGCCAACUGGUCAUACAUUGCCUUUGCACUAGCCGCAACUACGGGAGGAGCGUACCUUUGCAGGAAUUGGGAAAGUGAAGAGGAGGAGAAGAAACAUGCAGAUGCGCCUUCGGGGUGGUCCCCCACCCUCAUGUAUCAGCGUGCGAAGGCUCGGCUUAAUGGCGAGAUGAGCUACUAUACCGAGCCAACUUUCAACAAGCUCCUGCCAGAAGUGGAGAUGAUGCCUCCUCUGACCUUGGUAUUGAGUUUGGAGGAUCUGCUGGUGCACUCCGAAUGGUCGACCAAGCACGGUUGGCGGACAGCGAAGCGCCCUGGUGUAGACUACUUCCUCCGGUACUUGAGCCAGUACUACGAGCUUGUCAUCUUCACGUCUGCAAAAUCCAUGGACGCCGAUCCUAUCAUCCGCAAACUCGACCCUUACCGCAUCGUCAUGUGGCCGCUUUUCCGUGAGGCAACACGCUAUGAGAAGGGUGAAUAUGUCAAGGACCUUUCGCAUUUGAACCGUGACCUAUCGAGAACUAUCAUCAUCGAUACCGACCCUUCACACGUGAAGGCCCAGCCUGAGAACGCUAUUAUACUGCCGAAAUGGAAAGGGCAACCUGGCGACAAGGGCCUCGUAUCUUUGAUUCCGUUCCUGGAGUACCUCGCUAUGCUUCAGCAAGGUGGCGGUAAUUUCGACGUGCGACAAGCCCUCAAGUCAAUGGAGGGCAAGGAGAUACCCGAAGAGUUCGCUCGGCGAGAAGCAAAAUUGCGUGCCGAGCACCUGAAGAGUUUGGAGGCUGAAAAAACAAAGAAGGGCAAGAAUCUGGGAUCGUUCGUGGGUGCUCUCGGCCUAGGAAACAAGCAGGGUCAGAUGGUCCUUGCAGAUGGCACCAAUAUGUCUGAGGGUCUGGCUCAAGGCAAAAUGAUGAUUGACAUGUUCCGCGAGAUCGGCCGGAAGCAGUACGAAACCAUGGAUAAGGAGAUUCGCGAGAACGGCGAGAAGUGGCUCAAGGAGAUGGCCGAGGAAGAAAAGAAAUUUCAGGAGGAGCAGAUGAAGAACAUGAAGAGUGGUGCAAUGAGCUGGUUUGGAGGUAGCGCCGCUGCCCCUGCACCACAACCCCCACCAUCUUCUGCGCCAACACCUGAGGCUGGCAAGACAUCUUGA